AGGAUGCCAUUCUUGUAACAUCACUGUUUUCGGUUAAUAAUUUACCACUAUAAAACUAGUGAAUAGAUGUAAGGUGGAAUGGCGGCAGCCUGUGUCGAAAGUGUCGAAGGCAUAAAUGUCAAGCUAGUUUGGGCAGCUCUGUUUGUCCUUUCCAGGGCACCGUACCACACGCUACUGUAUCUGUAUCAUCGUGGCUGCUGACCUUUUCUUACCAAAAAAGUAGCCGCCCUGGCUGACCUAGUCGCAAUUAAAUUCUGCCAAAUGAUUUGUAUGUGGAAAAACGAAUAUCGUCACUGGGGAUAAAUGUCUGUGAGUCGGGGCUGGAGUGUCCACCGUCUCCUCCUGCUCCCACCAGCCUCCAGGAGGGAGGUUUUGAAGGCCCGCUUCUUACACAGAGACCAUGAUUUACAAAAGAAGGAAGAGGAGAAGCAAGAAGGAGGAAGAGAAAUGCCUGGCGUGUGGGAAUACAGGGUGCAGUACAAUCCGUCUGCGUAUCACCGGCUUCACCCCGACUCGGCUGUCUUGGUGGGGACUCAUGCGGAUGAGGAGCUGACAUCCGGCACGUUCGUGUCUCCCUUCCGACAGAGAAAUAAUCCUUACACUGUCCGCUCCUCUCGCCACCUCUCUAGUGCCAAGAACACCCUACUGGAUUUAGCCUUCAACCGGGGGGAUAGGUCAAAAGUAGCUGAACAACCUACGGAUGGCGUAAGGCUGCCUCCUGAUGUCAGAGGUGACCCACGUGCUUUCCAGAGGUGCCGUCCAGAGUACCGCACCAUGAGCCAUGACCUGUCAUUGUCCCCUCCCUCCAUCACUAUUGACAAGGCCUUCGAAAUUCUCCAUGAUGUCACUGAACUGAAGGGCAGUUUAAGGUCUGCUGACAUUGUCCGUUUUCUGAGUGAGUUAGGUCACGUGGCUCCUGAACAGCAACCCCUCAUACACUCCGACACACGCUUCUCUAUGCUGUUACGGUACAGUGUCGAGAGCUUGUGCCUCUUCUCCCACGCUCAGCUUCUAGAGGUCCUGCGUGCUUUUGUAUGGCUGAAUAUCCCGGCCACUCACAGCAUCCUCACUCUGUACGAGGCAGAAUUCAGCUGCCGCGUGGAAGACAUGGAAUUCCGGCAGCUGCUGCUGACUGCUGAUCUCUGGCGCUGCCUGGUUCGACAGGUGCCGCGUUACUUGGAGCUGGUGUACACCUGCGCUGCGCGGGUCUUGGACCAGCUCGAGUUGGCAGAGUUAGUUCAGCUACUGUAUGUAAUAGGAGAGGGCCGGAGAUGCCCCCCCGCUUUACUCCCUCCCUUGGAGCUGCUGCUGUUAAAACACCUGAACCUUCUGUUGCCAGAGGAAGUGGGCACUGUCAGCCUUGCCUUCUUCAAAUCCCAGAGCAGCCUAUCCGCAUGGACGGCACGCAGGCUCGCCGAUCAGGCACACCACCUAGUGGAGGAGUUGAGCGAUUACGCUCUGGUCAAUGUUCUCAAGCUACUGCGCUUCAAUCACUUGGACCACCGUGGGCUGCUUUGGGCCCUGAGGUGUGAGAUUCCACGCCGUGCUCCUCGGAUGGGAAUCCAGGGCCUCAUGCAUGUGGCCCUGACCUGCUCUUCACUGCACUACAGGAAUGAUGAUAUCCUCUUAGCUGUGGCUCAGUGUCUACCACCUCUUGCACCUCUCUGCAGGAGUAAGGAUGCUGGUAAGCUGCUGUGGGCUUUUGGCAUGUUGGGUUUUCCCCCUAGUGAAGUUCCCCAGCUGUACCCCUGCCUCACCCAGGCCAUGCGCUUGAAAGAGGUGGAAUUACAGCACUUUCCUCAGCAUUUGCUGACUGGGCUCCUCGGCCUGGCCUUCCUAGGCCUGUACCCUCAGGAUCUUCUAAAACUUGCCUUGAGUGAAGAUUUUGUCAGGCUCGCAACUGGAUCUCAGCACCUGGACCUGAAAAAGGACCUUUUCACCCUGGAUUCAUCUGUAGGUUUAGAGAUCCCUAACUGGAAAGGCCCAAGGAUCAGCCCAGCCCUGACUGAGCAGAUACAACAGCAGCUGUGGACCUUUGCCCAGCAGGAUGUAUGCCUGAAGGCAGAGGUUUUGGAGGCAGAAGAACUGUUGCAGGAGCUUCUCGGUGGAGAGGCCUUUGUGCACAAGCGCAUGAUCUUGCCACACACACGCUCGAUUGACCUGGAGUUGCGGCUGGACAGUGAGGGGUGCCCCAUACCACUCCACUCUGAGCCUAAGGGUAAUGCUAAAAGUGUGAAGAGAGCUUCAUCCAGGCCACCAUUUUGGGAGGGGGACCACACUGGGGUUAUGAUCACAGAGGACUUGCUGGCUCAACUGACGAGCUUAAGAAGUCUAGGACGGCCUCAUAAUGAGAUGCCUCUUCACUCUAAGCCAUGCAGGGUCCAGCUAAAGAAGGAGCAAGAAGAUGAUGAGAGGAUGUUUACAAGUGGGGUCACCCUCACCAGUGGUUUUCUGGAAGCUCUUAGAAGUCCAGCCCGGCACCCAGUCUCCCUCCGGGUGUCGAAUGGUGGGACUGCCCAGUUCAUAGCAGUGCAGGUGUCUACUAGAAACCAUUUCUGCUAUCAGUCUCAGCAGCUGCUUGGUCUACAAGUGCUCAAAAGAAGGCAGCUUGCCCUGGUUGGGUACAGGGUGGUGGAUCUGCCACCGUGGGAGUGGUUGCCCCUGCUGCGUCAGUCCCGCACGGAGAAGCUGGCUUACCUGCAGGGCAAAAUCUUCAGCAUGCAGGGGGGUUGACCAGCUGUUGGGCCAGCUGGAAGGGAAGGCUGUCCUUACGGACCCACUCCACUCUGAAAACCCCCCCAAGUCCAGCUGAGCCCCAGUCCUGGCACCGCUCCAACCCUAUAGCCGAGGACAUGCGGGCAUACCCCUGGCAGUUCACGAGAAAACAGGUUUAAUCAGCAUCACAAGGCAGAUGUCCUCUUCAAAUCAACAGUCAUAAACAAUGCAGGUUCAAUCACAUACCACUGUUUUCUGGGCAAUCAGCACAGUCACCAUAAUCAAUAAGGACUUAUGUAUUUUUGCAAAAAUUAUAUAAUUAUAUAUAAGAAUAAUAAUUAAAUUAUCGUCACUGAAUUAAUGAAUUCUUGGUAACUUGCUGAAAAUAAACGCAGGCUAAACUCUA